UUUAACAUGGCCGCAUGUUGAACGAAACGAUUUUCUUUACUGUUCGCCAAAAUAAAAUAAUUUUCGAGUGAUUCGAGAGCGGAUUUAUGUUCAUUGGAUAGCCGGGAUUUCAUUUAAUACUCGACAUUAAUUAACGAAGAUGAUGCAUCACCCGAACAUGCAUCAUCAGCCGAUGUCGGGGCACCCGCCGCAGCACAUGCCGACGCACCAAGGCAUGCCGGGUCAUCACCAGAUGCCUCCACACCAGAUGCACCGGGAGAACAGGCACGUAACUCUCACUAGGGUGCCGCUGGGACCCGGUGGCGCGGUGGGCGGCGUGGGCGGUGGCGGCGGGCUGGGCGCGCACGGCGUGGCGGCUCACGGUGGCCACGCAGGCCACGCGGGCCACGGCCCGCUGGGCGGCCUGGGCGCCAUGCCCGUGCCACAUCACCAGCAGCGUGCGCCACACCCCAUCCGGGCUAUGCCACAUCAUCCGCCACAGCAGCACCACUCCAUGCCUCCGCACUCCCAACCAAUGAAGCCCAUGCGCCGGCCGUACUUGGGCGGCGGGUACGGCGGGAGCGCGGGCGUGAUGCCGCCGCCGUACGCGCAGCCGGAGCCGCUGCAGCCCGAGCCCAGCGCGCCGGCCACACACACAGGCCUGCACAGACCCUCGUCCCCGGUGAUGUCGCCGCCGUCGAAGCUCGCCGCUGACUUUGCAGUAGCGAGCCCACCAAGCACAGCGCCCUCGAGCUCGAGCCCGUCGGCGGGCGCGGAGGCGGCGGCGGCGGAGGCGGCGGGCGACAGCGAGGCGCCUCGCCCGUCGCCGGCGGCCAACAGUAAAGAGAAGACGCCCAUGUGCCUGGUCAACGAACUGGCCAGGUACAAUAAGAUUAAGCAUCAAUAUCGCCUCACAUCAGAAACGGGUCCCGCGCACAAGAAAGUAUUCACAGUAACACUCCGUUUGGGUGAUACUGAAGAAUAUACUGCUGAGGGCUCGUCCAUCAAGCGCGCGCAGCACGCGGCGGCGCACGCGGCGCUGGCGGGCACGGGCUACCCGCCGCCGCCGCCGCGGGCGCAGCCGCCGCACCCGCCCGCGCACCAGCACCACCGCCACGCCGGUGCGGUGAUGCCGACGGUGGAACUGAACGCGCUGGCCAUGAAGCUGUGCCAGCCGGCCGUGUACACGUCGCUGCCGCCGGUGGCGGGCGCCGGCCGCGCGACUCGCACCCGCCCGCCGCCGCCCUACCGCCUGCCGCCCUUCCUGCCCAACCCCUACCACCGCAUGCUCAGCCCGGGGCUCGUCUACAGGGUGCGCGUGUGCGUGGGCGGGCGCGCGUGGCUGGGCGAGGGCGGCACCCCGCAGGCGGCGCGCCACGACGCGGCGGCGCGCGCGCUGCACGAGCUGCGCGCGCCGCACGACGCGCCGCCCGCGCCCGGCCCGCCGCCCGCCGCCGGCGCCGGCGCGGGGGACGCCGACACUGGCGACGCGGGCGCAGACCUACUGAACUCGGAAGUAAAGUCCCCGGUGUCGCUGGUACACGAGUUGGCUCUCAAGCGCAACCUCUCCGUGCAGUUCACCGUCAAAUCCGAGCGGGGGCCGCCGCAUAUGAGGGUAUUCAUAACAGCAUGUACUGUGGGCGACAUGGAGACAGAAGGCGAGGGCAACGGGAAGAAGGUGUCGAAGCGGCGCGCGGCUGAACACAUGCUGGACGAGAUGCGGCGCCGCUGGCCCCCGGCGUUGCUCAGAGCCAGGCCGCACCACGACAAGCGCAAGCCGCAGCCCACCAAGAAGAAGCCCAGGAACCUCAUCAAGGAGGGCGGCGCGGCGGCGGGCGAGGCGGGCGGCGCCGACAACCCCAUCUCGCGGCUGGCCGUGGCGCGCCACGCCGUGCGCGCGCGCAGCCCGCAGUACCGCGUGCUGGAGGAGCGCGGCGCGGCGCGGCGCCGCGAGUUCCUCGUGCAGUGCGACGCGCCGCCGCACCAGGCCACCGGGCUCGGGCCCAACAAGAAGACGGCCAAGCGCCGCGCCGCGCACAAUGUCCUGCUAGCGAUGGAGAUGGCGAAUGCGAGCGAGGGCGGCAUCCCGGCUGCGGUUGCUGAGCCCGGCACCAACGGCCCCGUCGAUAGCGGCAAGAACAGCGCCAACGGGGAUAACAAACGAAAAGAGGGCGAAGCUCCCACCGCGGGCGGCGCUAACAGCGAAGUGCGGCAGCCGGUGCCUGGAGUACUACUGAUGGACUAUCACCAGCGCUCCGGACAACCCACGCAGCCUAAUGGAGUGAGCGAGUGCAGCGCCACGGGCGGCGGCGGCGGCAGCACGCCGGGCGCCAAGGACCAGCUCAUGUACCUCGCGCAGCUGCUCGGCUUCACCGUGCAGUUCUCGGACUUCCCUAAGCGCAACCACGGCGAGUACUUGUCGCUGGUGUCGUUAUCGACGGAGCCGCCGGUGAUGUGCCACGGCGGCGGGCCGUCCACCGCGCACUCGCACGAGCAGUGCUCCCGCGCCGCGCUCAGGGCGCUGGCCCUCAUGGGGCUCGACGCGCCUACCACCGGAAUGCAAAGCCUGCCGGGGCAGGGCGCGAGCGCGAAGCCAGCCGUCAUCAGCAACGGAAUCGCUGAGUGAGCCUCACCUCAUGUUCUAACACUAUUUAUUAUAUUUUUAUUAUGUAUUAAUUCCCAAGCAAUAAUGUUGUCACAUGUCGUGAAUAUUUCACAGCGCGAAAUGACGUUCGGGACACAUCUCUGGCAAACAUACUUAGCUAACGUUUCUAGCUAUGACAUAUUCACAAAGACAUUUUUCUUUAUUUGAUCUCGGGUCUUGCAACAACAUAUGUUCUUCUUAUUCUAAACGUUUUCCUAUUAUGUUAGAAUACAAAUGUAUAUUUUUUGUUAUACUUUACGAUAGGUCGCUAUUUUAGUUAAUUUUUGUCCACCUUUUUUUUAUCGACGUGAAAUUACCGCUCACAAACUAGACUUUUUAUGUUGAUUAUUAUAUUUUAAUAAUAAUAUGUAUGGGAUGUAAGCACGUUAACAUUUGUCAUGCCAUACCCAUCGCAAUUAAUCAUAGAGAUAGGCUUCAUAUAAAACCAAUAAUCAUAGUUUAUACACUUUUCACAUUAUAUAUUGGUUAUAAUGUUUAUAAAAUGUAACUGACAUUAUUUUAUAGUAGACGAAUUGGAUUUGAUAUCAGAUAAAUUAUGUAGAAACGAAUAUUGUUAUGAAACUGAGGCUGUGAAGCCAAACCAAAACAGUUUCAUUGGGACCUGGCAGCGGUACGACCACGAUGCAGCUCGAUAGUGUAAUACGAUGAACUGAUGGGAAAUGUUCGUUUUUCACAUGUUAUUACAAUAAUUAAGGUAAAUAGGCAUGUGUGGUCGGCUGCGGUCCCGACGAACGCUAAAAGUUACAUCAUGCGGCCAUGGUGUCUCGUUUAGUCUAGCUUACAGUAGUAAUCGCCGUAGCCCUCGUGGCUCGCGCGCCCUCCGCCGGCGGCGCUCUUUACACGAGCAAACUAACUCGACUUGAACGGAAGCUAGUCAAACUCACAUCUAGAAUAUAUAAAUGAACUAACGCGCCAAACAUCAGUAGAUAUUUAAUUUGUCGGGUCGAUUUGUUAGAGAUGAUUGCUCUUAUAAACAGCGCUGUGUUUGUACUUGUUUCACGAAACUUAUAUGCGCUUACAAGUUUAUUUGUUUUAUUUGAAGCUUUUGAUGUGCGUAUUAUAAAGUUAUUGCAGUGAGGAAUGCCGAUAAGUUUCGUGGGGCGAGAGCCGCUAGUGUCGAGUGACCUCUGCGCCUCCUGUACUAGUGUAGCGCCGCGACGUCGCCUCGCGGGGAGUACGGCGAUUAACACAAGUGUGGCCUCGAUUUUAAACCACUCUAGUGAGUGAGCGUAUACAAACAUCCGACCCUAAGCUAUGAAAUGUGUAAUUUUAGUCUUUAAUAAACUCCGACAUCGAUUUAAAAACAAAUUUCGACUAGCGAUUAAUCUCUUAUAGGCUUAGGCUAAGAAUGAAGGUUGCUUGAUGUAUGCUGAUGCGCCUAAAUCACUGUAAUCCGUAUCUAUGCAUGUACCCCGUAAAGAGUUAGUGUAGCGUUUGACUAAUCUCGUUUAUAACAUGAUCUUUCUAGGUGUUAUGGUAAGUGUGGAUACAAUUGAUCGGUGACUUAGUUUUAUUGAUGUGCUCGUACAUUAUUGAUGUUAUGAACCCAAAUGGGACCCGUGGACCGAUCAGUUGUAUGAUUUGUACCUUAUUGAUUGUACAUUUCAUUGUAAUGGGUCCGUUUAAUUAAUUAACGUGAUGAAAGAUUUUUGUGCUGUUGAUUGAAAAGAUCUUUCAUCAUUGACUUUACUAUGCGACGACCGAGGGGCUAGUGGUGCCUCUGCCCUCGCGUCCAGCAGUGCGGGAGGGGCCACAUCGCUCGGAAGUCGCGGUGUAGUGCUUUUUGCUUUGCGGAGUGUACCGCACGAUUUAGAAGUUUACUAGACAAGUCGACUACUUUUACACUUAAGUAAAAUGUUCUCGCAACUGCUUGUAAACUCGUAAUCUAAGUUAUAUCUCAACCACUGACGAGAUAUUUUAUUUAUUAUGUAUUCGUCAAAACGAUUUUAAAUCGAGGCCAAUGAAAUGAUUUCUUGAUGUUGAAAGUUGCACAAGUAACUAAGCAUAAAGAAGUUAAUAGGUAACUAUUGGAUAAAGAAAAAUACGCCGUACGGGCAUUAAGAAGUGUUUUAUUUAUUUUGUUGUAAGUAACUAAUAUUUUUAUUAUUGCGAGGAUUGAGCAAGUCCCAACGGAAAAACUUCGUGCUGUUAGUAACUUAUGUAAGGAUACAACAAUAAACGUUAAAAUAUU